AUGCCUCGACCUCCAAAGCGUCCACGCCACUUGCAUGAGGAAGACCUUGGGACCCAAAGUGACACACAAAGCCUAGUGGGAGCGCAGGUUCCUGCAUCUGUGGAGGAAUGUGUUUCCUCAUCCUCUACCUGCUCCUCAUCUUUCCCUCCUUCUUCUUCCUCCUCCACCUCCUCCUCCUCCUCCUCUCCUUCUCCUUACUAUCCUCUAAUGUGGAGAACCACACAGGAGGACUUUGGUGCUGCUGGGGCCUCAGGUCUUUCCCAGGAUUCUCAGAGAGCCGGGUCCUCCUUCAGUGCCGUGGCUUCCACUUCAUGGAGCCAUUCUGGUAAGGGCUCUAGCAAACAAAGAAAGGAGGGUUCAAGCACCCUGCAGGCCCCACCAGAAAUAGAGUCAUCGCCCAGAAAUGAGAUAGAUGAAAAGGUGACUGACCUGGUGCAUUUCUUGCUCUUCAAAUAUAAAAUGAAGGAGCCGACCACCAAGGCAGAAAUGUUGAGCAGUAGCAUCCAAAAUUACCAGGGUUCCUUCUCUGUGAUCUUCAGUGAAGCUUGUGAGUGCAUGCAGAUUGUCUUUGGUAUCGAUCUGAAGGAAGUGGACCCCACUGAGCAAUCCUAUCUCCUUGUCACUUCCUUGGGGCUCACAUAUGAUGGGAUGCAAAGUGAUGUCCAGGGCAUGCCCAAGACGGGCCUGCUGAUAUUUAUCCUAAGCCUAAUUUUCAUGAAGGGAAGCUGUGUCUCUGAAGAGAGUGUCUGGGAAACGUUGAGUAAGAUAGGGGUGUUUGAUGGGAAGCAGCAUUGCAUUUAUGGGGACCCCAGGAAGCUCAUCACUGAGGAUUUUGUGCAGGAGCAGUACAUGGAGUACCGCCAGGUCCCCAACAGUGAUCCUGCUCUCUAUGAGUUUCUGUGGGGCCCAAGGACCCAUGCUGAAACCAGCAAGAUGAAAGUUCUGGAGUUUUUGGCCAACAUCAUUGGGAGUGAUCCCUCAUCUUUCCCAGUGUGGUAUGAGGAGGCUUUGAGAGAUGAGAAAGAGAGAGCCUUGGCUAGAAUGGCCACAGAAAAUGAUGGUACUGCCACAGCUAGUUGCAAGUUCUAG